CCUACCAACGAAAAAAAUGUCGAAAAGAGAAGCCCAACAUAGUGCACUUCGAAGAAAGAAACAAAAGACAUACCAUAUCGCUGAAGUAAGCAACUCACGCCAUUCCCUUCUUCGCCUCCCUUACGAUCGCAUGGGCUGAUCCCAUCAUUGUGUAGGACUCUCGCGGUGGAAGUAAAGGCACUUUCUCUGUCACUCCUGACAUGACAGGUGUCCUUGUCAUGUGCAAUAGAGGGAAAGAGAAAUUGGCCAUAAGAGAAGCUUUGGAUGUGCUAAACAAGUAUGCAGACGAGUUGUAUCCUAUCGAAACAGAUCAGCAAAACAGGGACAACGACGAUGAAAAGGAGAAAGAGGAUUUGGAAGCCUCUAUAGCAAAGGAACUUGCUGAAAUAAAGAAACCCAAAAAAGAAAAGAGACGACUCGCCAGCACUACAACAGGCACUGCAUGUGUCGGAUUCAUUCGAACAUUUGCACCUAUUCAACCUGUCCAUUUGGUACAUUACAUGUUGAACGACAUUCACGAAAACAAAGUGAAAAGAACAAGACAUAUAUCUCGAUUUUUACCCGUUGAAAAAGCCUGUUAUGCCAAUAUUGAAGAUAUUGAAAAGGCAGCACAACACAUAUUUGAACCUCAUUUCAAUCAAAAGGAUGCUGAAGGACACGUGAUACCCAAAAAGUUUGCUGUUGCUUGUAGAGUGCGUAAUUGUACAAAGCUGGAUCGUAUGAAUGUCACCACCGUAUUAGCUUCCAUCGUGGGUAGGGUGGGUCAAGCAAGUCACACAGUAGACUUGCAAGAGCCUGAUCUGACCAUUAUUGCCGAAGUGUGUCAAAACACAUGUAUGUUGUCUGUUGUAAAAGAUUUCAACCAGUUCAAGAAAUACAACGUAGAAAGUAUUUUGGGAUUGAAUGAUGCAGCCGCUAAUGCUGCAGCAGCAGCAGCAGCAGCAGCUUCUAAAAAAACAACAACAAUAACAACAACAACAACAAAAACAGACGAUAGUCAGCGUGGUGAAAAUGAAGAGAAGAGUAGUGAUAGCAACAACAAAGCAACAGCGCCCAACAAUGAGUCUCCAGCAGACGACAUGAAGCGAGAAGAAUGAUUCUUUGAUACAAUAGACUCUAUAAAGGACGAAUGUGUAUUGGGAAUGAUUUAAGGAGAAUAAAGGGAUCUGCGAUUAUUUUCGGCUUCUUUUUUUUUUCGUACCACGGCAAAAGCGCAAUGUUGAUAUGCGGCUGUAUGCUUAUGAAUCAAAUGCUAACCUUACUGUCUGUCUAGCCCUCUUUCCAUCCUUCUACCCUUAUGUAAGCUCAUUACAAUAAGCCUCGUCUUUUUUUUUUUUUUAUUAUUUUU